UUGAGAGACUGCUGAGCUCCUGCCUGCUAUGUGACGUUAAAUUUGUCACGUGCGCGUUGUGACGUAAAUUGGUUUUCCAACAACUUCAGUAUUGAUUGUGGCAUCGUUCGUUGCUUUGUUGCGUCGUUAGUAAAGCAGACUGGUACUGUAACUUCAUUAAAUAACAAUGGCUCACUUUAACUACUUGAGUGUGGAGGAGCAGGACAAGUUACGACAGACAGCCAACGCCAUUGUUGCCCCUGGCAAGGGUAUCUUGGCUGCAGAUGAAAGCACCUGUAAGUUUCGUGGUUUAAUGAAAAUGAAUAAGAAUGUGACGAAAGAGAACCGAAGACAGUAUCGCCAGCUGCUUUUUACGAGUGACCAAGCAAUGAAUGAAUACAUUAGUGGUGUCAUUCUCUUUCACGAAACUGUUUAUCAGAAAACCGAUGACGGAACUCCAUUCAUCCAAGUCCUCAAGAACCGAGGCAUCAUUCCAGGCAUUAAGGUUGACUUGGGUGUUGUGCCUCUGAUGGGCACUGAUGAGGAAUCAACUACCCAAGGUUUAGAUGACCUAACCAAGCGAUGCCAGGAAUACAGAGAACAGGGAUGUCUGUUUGCUAAGUGGAGAUGUGUUUUAAAGAUCCGAGAGCACACUCCAUCUCCCUUGUCCAUCUUGGAGAAUGCUAAUGUUUUGGCUCGUUAUGCUACAUGUUGCCAACAGGCUGGUAUUGUACCAAUUGUUGAGCCUGAAGUUUUGCCUGAUGGCCCACAUGAUCUAGUGAGAGCUCAGAAGGUCACAGAAAAAGUCCUUGCUGCAGUUUACAAGGCUCUGAGUGACCACCAUGUUUACCUGGAGGGCACACUGCUCAAACCUAACAUGGUGACAGCUGGUCAGAGCUGUCCAAUCAAAUACACUGCUCAAGAUAUUUCCAAGGCAACUGUGACUGCCUUGCAGCGAACCGUACCAGCUGCUGUACCUGGUAUUACUUUCCUGUCUGGUGGGCAGUCUGAAGAAGAGGCUUCUGUCAAUCUCGAUGCUAUCAACAAGUAUCAAGGUAAAAAACCAUGGGCCCUUACGUUCAGUUACGGACGAGCCCUCCAGGCAAGUGCACUGAAAGCUUGGUCUGGCAAGGCUGAGAACAUAAAGAGUGGACAACAGGAAUUUUUAAAGAGGGCCAAGGCAAACAGUGAAGCUUCACUUGGUAAAUACUGUGGUGGCGUCAGUGGAGCUGCAGCUGGAGAGGUUUUGUUCAUCAAGGACCACGCGUACUGAAACCAAAACCUCCUUUGUGGAAUCCAUUUCAAAACUAUUUCCUUCCCCUUCUUCUUAAAACUAGUCUUAUAUAUUCUAGUGUGUCAGAUUUUCACAGUUUGUGGUGAUUUAUUUCUUCAUUCUCAAAGAAGAAAUCCCUUCAAAAACUAUUAAAUUAUUUUUUGUCCCUUUUUUUUGUUAUAAUUAGUUGUUUAUAUCCCAGUGUGUCAGAUUAGUUUCUUCCCCAUCACUGUAAUCCAGACUUUCUCUAUAUUAAUCAGAACUACCAGUAGUAUUUAGUGCUUUUAAAACGUAUUAGUAGGUAUCCUUGUUCAACCUCUUUUAAAACGUAUCUGUAGGUAUCCUUGUUCAACCAAUUUUAAAACAGUAUCAGCAGGUAUCCUCGUUCAACCAAUUUUAAAUCAAAGUGUCAGUAGGUAUCCUCGUUCAACCAAUUUUAAAUGAAAGUGUCAGUAGGUAUCCUCGUUCAACCAAUUUUAAAUGAAAGUGUCAGUAGGUAUCUUCUUUCAACCAAUUUUAAAACAAAGUAUCAGUAGAUAUCCUCAUUCAACUCAUUUUAAAGUAUCAGUAGGUAUCCUUGUUCAACCAAUUUUAAAACAUAGUAUUAGCAGGUAUCCUCGUUCAACCAAAUUGAGCAAGAAUUGUACAGUGUUGUGAUUUAAAUUAUUUGGUAACUUAAAAGUGAGAUUUAAUCGGAUAUUUACCGCAGGAUUGGCUUAGCAAUCAGUUCAUUGCUGACAUACAGUUGUUGUUUUUUAUGUAAUGUCAGAAAUGUGAUAAUAAACAUUAUACUCAACCCA